UGCAUCCAGCAGUCAGGCAGGCAGCUCGUGCGCAGGAUCCCAAGGCUGGGCUGCAAAGAAAGGUGAAGCGAAGGCGAGGAGGAGUGGCCGCAGCAGGAAUAUUCGGAAUGCGCCUAAGUCUGCUACGCUUUCCGUCUUGAAAGGCUCCUGUGCCUUCAAGAAGCUGACUUCGAGGAAGAGGCAUUGCACGGCUGCAUCUUUCACGUAGGAGGAGGUCCCGGGUUCAUUCCUUGACCUAUCCAGAUGGAAAAGUUGGCUAGCUUCUUUCUUUUAUGGGGAGCGUUUUCUUCAGGAGUCCUCGGCUACUCAAAUGGAAAAAUCAGUGUGGCUUGUGGCUCUAUGGUUCCUAGUCACGGACACAUUGCACAGAACUCUGCACCGCCAUAUGCCAUCUCCACCUCCAAAACUUCAUUUGCCCCAGGAGAUGAAAUUAUAGUAUCUCUUACAGCAAGCGGCGAUUCCAGUUUUGAGGGAUUUUUACUCCAGGCCCGAGCAGUUGGAGGCGAUGUUGCUGUGGGACAUUUUCUAAUCCUAGACCCUAACUCGCAAGGCCUUGCGUGCAAUGACAUUCAGAAUUCUUCCCUGAGUCACACAAACAAGGCAAAGAAGCAAAACAUAACAGCAAUUUGGAUUGCUGCUCCUGGUGUAGGGCACGUUGAAUUCAGAGCAACAGCGGUCUAUAAUUUUUCGGUAUUCUGGACUCAAGUUCAAAGUCAAGUUCUCGUGUCUUCCAGUUCACCACUUGUUCCAACCGUCUCCUCCACAACAAUCUCCACAGAGGAAGGGUGUGGCAAACACAAGUUCUGUUUCAGUAACCCUGCAGGCUGCAGUCCAAGCAACCCAAACUGUUACUUCAUGUCAUCCGCGGCAUUAGGGAGCGAUGCUUUCCAAUUUGAAAUAAGUGGACUUUCAGAUGGAUAUGUAGCCAUUGCCUUUUCUGAUGACAUGAUAAUGGGAGAUGAUGAUGUUUAUAUCUGUGGUAAGAAUGGAACGGAUCGCAUAGAGGUUCAACACGCCUUCUCAACUGGACGUAGUCGUCCCAGCCCAAGGCCUCUGGGUAAUGUGGACAUUCUGACAACAUCCUUCAGCGAGGGAAUUAUCAGAUGUUCUUUCAUUUCGAGAAACCCCAUAUCAAACCCAGGCAAGAAGCACUGACAGUUUGUACUACGUAUUUCUGGCUUUUGGGCCAUCUCACGCUGAUGGGACGAUACGGAAGCAUCCCAGGACACCCUUUAUUACUGAUCAGAAGGUGAACAUUUCAAGCUUUGCAGCAGUAGGUGGCACCAGUU